CUCGACCUUUCCCACUUAUCAACAUGUAAACAACUUUUAUUACACUUAUUACUGGGUGAAAAAGAAGAAGAAGGGUUUUAUACUUCUCUCACUUGAAUCAUUAAAAAACCAGUACCACACACAGCACUAUAGACCUACAGAACUAUACGCAAAUGUAACCGAAGAAGAAGAUUAGCUACAACGAUUCUCAAGUUCAAGUUAAUUGACAACGAAAAAAAUGAAUUUUGAUAAAGGCUUAUUAUUAUUCAAUAAUUUGAAGCAAAUAAAGUAAUGGAUGUCGUGAAAAAUCACAGAAAGCAGCUUGCAGAAUAUCUUACCAACAAACAAAAGCAGACCACAGUUAGAUCACAGGAAACAGCAGUUCUCCCAAGAGUCAGAACUACCAGAGUACCAACCAGCAGAAAGACUGCAGUGAAAACCAAUACAGGAAGACUUAAAACAGCAACUAUAUAUGAUUUACCAAAUGAAAUAGUACUAAAGAUCUUUGGAUAUCUGUCAAUAGGAGAAUUGUUAUCUGUGGCUCAAGUCUGUCAUCUGUGGCACCAGCUUUCAUCUGACAAUUUGUUAUGGAAGCCAUUGCUACAAGCAUGUGUACCUUCACAGGCAGUCAGUCAACAGCUUGGAGACCUGAAGUCAUCUAAUCUGAAAUCUAGUUUUAUGCAGAGGUGUAUUGAGCUGAGAAACAAAAGAGUUCUAAGACUUCUGAAGAAAAAGAAUCCAUAUACAGGUGUUAUUCAUUGCAAGGAUGUCGAAAAUGCUUUCAAGUUUGCUGGAAUAUCAUGGCAGAUAGUUAUGACAGACACAAGUGGGAAUGAACAUUGUUUACAGAACCAGGAUAUUAGUUAUCACCUUAUGUCUGUGUCAGUUCGAUGGUUCUCACUACAGAUGAUACCUGUCAAUAAUGUAAAAAAAAUCUCACUGUAUUCCUGUAACCCACUUUUUCAUGACAGUAAAACUGGAAAAGUAGUCUCCAAUGGGCCAUACCAAAGGUCACUUUUAUACUCAAUGGAUCAAAAGCUAAGUUCAACACUAGACAAAUUAAAGCCUGUUGGUUCUGAUGAAAAUUUGAAAGUGUUUGCACUUGAAGAUGGGAUUAUAAUUGGUGUAUGGAAGGAAGGUGGAGAAAUUGCCUUUAUUGCAAUAGCUUCUGGGCUUCCUGGUUUGGUGAAAAAAUGUAUCAUGGGAACAGCAACAAAGAUGUAUCAGUCACCAAAAGAAAAAAGAUCUGCCUGUUUACCUGAGUCUACAUAUGGUUUAUAUGGCUACAGUUGUACGAUACAGCUAAGAACAAUGAAGCAAGAAAUUUGGGACCAACAGUUUAACAAUGUAGAAUGUCCAAACUCAAAUAUCAGAAAUGGUAUUGCACAAUUUCAUCUUAUGAAGGAAACUGAUAGACAAAUACUUAUAAAAGAGAUUGCGUUUCCAUGGAAGACUGAUGCUUUUAAAAGUAAAAUUAAGGAUGUGUGCUGUCUAGAUGCUUUAUUAACAGAUAAUGAAGGAAAGGUUGUAUGGAAUUGUUCUUCUGCUGUAACUGUGAAGAAGGAGGGAAGUCGGAAAUUCACAUUUGACAUGGAUUUUGACUACUGUAGAGAACAGUCCAGAUGUAUAGAAUAUUCAGAUCAGAAAGGACAAAUUUUCAUUCAGAUUGACAAGGUACAUGUACAUGAUGAAGAUAAAACAUAUAUUACACAUAUAGCACUCAGUGUUCUUAUGGAAAUGCUUCCAACACAGGGACAUGACAUACCCAGCAGUGGAGUUUAAGAAGUAUAGCAUGGAUCUUCUAAAAAUUGUAUUUCACAAGACAGAUCAUGAUGAAGUCUAAUAGUACUUGUCUUAUAUAUAGAUUUUGCACAAUGUGUUUAUACUUAUAUCUCAUAAACUGUUGAUACUGAGAUAUGUCUCGCUUUUUUGUGAUUUUUAUAGUAUUAUACAAAUGUUAAAUUAAAAAUGCAAUAUUUAAA